GAAGCCUCUAGGAAGCUCAGCCUUCAACCUACUGGCGGGUUUCCGUGAGCGCCGCCGCCAAGAUGUGGCGUUUUUGGACCACUUGAUACUGUCCCUGAAUGGGUCAAUUGUCAAAAUUAUUGGAGCAAGGUGGAAGAGUCCGGGAUGGUCAACAAACGCUAACGCUCAACGCCACGGGUCAGGUGGUUCACGGGGUGGAGCUCUCGAAGAACCAGACUGGAGUUACUGCCAAGAUUCCUUCCAUCAACGCCACAGUCUUUUUUGAUGGCAACACUGCACAUGUGACAGGACAUUUUGGAGCUAUGGAGGGCUUGUGUGGCAACCCCGCUGAUUCCAGUCAGAACUUCACCCUGAGUGCAGCCAAGUCCUCUAAUGACAGUGCAGCCAGCUGCGAGACUCUGCACAACCAAACCGCUGACAGCUCGAUCAACUGCACCCGCACAACUGAAUACUGCAAUCUCAUAAAGCAGGCCCCCUUCACUGUUUGCCACAACCACUCUGACCCUGAGCCCUUCGUAACCGCCUGCACAGACACUCUGUGCAAAUAUCCAGCGGUGGACGGCCUCAAUAAGUGCCAGUUUUUGGAGGCUUACGCCGAGUCCUGCCGCCUGAAAGUGAACAUUACAGUGGGGAACUGGAGGUCAAACACCGACUGCUCUGCUGUCCCUCAGGCCUCCUGUCAGGAUCAGGACUGCAGUGCUCAUGAGUUCUGCGGUGAGAAGCUCGGUUCAACCAGCUGCCUCUGUCGGGCCAUUUUCGCUGCCAAGUACAACUCAACAAACUCUUUAGGCGAGCCGACAGUCUGCACGCAGAACUCGGCCACUCUCACUCUGGCUGGUUGUCUGCUGACGGACAAAGGCAUCGACUACUCCACCUUACACCUCAAGGACCAGAACUGCACAGGUCACAUAGACAGCAAGACCCACAUGGUGACGUUCAGCUUCAACAGCAGCAACACCUGCGGGGCGGAGGUUAUGAAAAACAACAGCCAAGUCCUCUACAAGAACACCGUCAUGAUGGCGAACGCCUCCGGCAUCAUCACCCGCAACGACCAGGUAGAGAUUGACUUCUCCUGCCUCUACACCGUGCCAGAAGUCAAGAGUGUGUCCUUCAAGAUCAAAGACAGCUCUGUGGUGAAGCAGAUUGUAUCUGGAGUUUGGAAUUACACUGUGACGAUGAACGCCUACAACGACUCCGGCCACAAGAACCUCGUCAACGCAAACACUGAGGUCGGGCUGAACCAGAAGAUCUGGGUGGAGCUGAAGACAGAUGGGCUGGACAACAACACAGUCGCCGUGGUCACCGACUCCUGCUGGGCAUCCAACGACUCCUCACCCAAUGGGACCCUGCGAUACGACCUUGUCAAAAACAGAUGCCCGAAUGCCGCUGACAAGACGGUGAUGAUGGAGGGAAACGGAGUGGGAACGUCCAACGGCUUCUCUUUCAACAUGUUCGAGUUCUCUGGGAAAACCGGCGACAUCUACCUGCACUGCAAACUGGAGCUGUGCCUCACACAGAGCAAUGCCUGUGCUCCGAGCUGUGGAGGUCUCAGGAAGCGCAGAUCUCUCAGGUCCAAAUAUGCCGAUGGAAACCCAGCCCUCAUCUCUAUGACCUGGACUAAGUAGAUGAUUCCUGACUCAACCUUCAUCCCAAUGAGGAGCCUGAAAGCUCGCUGGUUAUGAAACAAUGUUUGAGGUUCUUUAUUUCCCAGUAGCUGCACUAAGGUAGCAGCUACUCUUCAUAUAAAACAAGACAUAUAACAUAUAUAGAACGUGUUUCGGACAGGAUAGUUGUUCACGUCGGUUAAUUAAGGUCUGGGUUUUUGUUCAUGUGUUUUUACUGUUGCUGUGAAAUAUGAUAUAAUUAUCAUAACACUGAUCUUCAUUGGAUCCACCUGAGAAGGAUCAUGUUAUUUCUGCAGAAUUGGUGCUGAGUCAAUCCAAUGAUUCAGGCCAAUUAAUAAUGAGAGUGGAACAAAAUCUUUGGUGAAAUAAUAAUAAUAGAAGUGAAGUGUGCAAUGAAGAAAAAUACCGUAAAACUUUGAUUAAAAGCAGGUUCCCAAUUCGACACGCCAUUUUAAAAAGGAGUUUAUACAGAGUAAAGUACUUUUUUAUAUUACAGACUGUAAAUUACACAGAAAACCACAAAUAUACCAUAUCUCACUACGAUCAUACGGUAUUUUCAUGUGGCAAAACUGUUGCUUUUGAUGGUAAAAACUGGUGUGACUGUAAAACCAACAGUACUAAACUCCUUUUACCGUAAUUAUAGAAAAACUCUACUGUGUUUAUUUACAGUGUAGAGGCCUGUCCUGUUUAAAGGCCUGUCUCGUUUAAAGGCCUGUCCCAUAUAGAAGCCUGUCCCAAAUAAAGGCCGGCUAUUAAUUGAAGUUUUACGGUAAUGGAGGUUUACAGGGUUUCAUUUACUACAUGCACUACUUCCUGGUACUGUGGGCUCUUUUAUAAAACAUAUAUAAUUUCUUCUUCACUAUGAUGUUAACCGCCUACUUUAACUGUACACAGCCUAAAUGCUACCUCGUGAAUGCAGAAAGUUCUGUGUUUUGGUGACAUGAAGUUAAAAGAAGUCUGUCAGGCUCAGCUGAAAGAAGCUUUGCAGCAAGAAGGUUUAGAGAUCCAGUGGAAGGAAAAUACGCCACAUUAAAAUGGUGUUUAUUAGUAGAUUGAAGUUACUGUGAAUGAAGAUUGAUUACACUGAGACGUGCUGUUGUACUAUUACUAUUAGCAUAUUAAAAACCAAAAAAAUGUAAUAAAGGAAGUGGGAGAAUACAAA